CGUCACUUUAGAGCCUCUGACCUCUGAGAGCAUCCACAUUUCAGCAAAUCCACUCCUGGACAUGGCUAUGACACAACGCUAUGGCUCAUGAACCCAAUGACGUUACACGCUUUUCUUCAAAGGCGGGACUGACUCCAGUCAAUAUGCAACCAAACGACAAUCGUCAACUAUCAAUGCCCAAUCCUCCGGACCAGUCAUUGAAACGUCACUUAUCCCAGAGCCAGGGCUCUAACGUGGGUAACAUCAAACGUCAACGCAUUUCCAUCGACAAAUCACCUCUACAGCUCACCUAUAGUGACGUUGCCCAAACUCCAGGGUCUAGUUUUACCCUUGUUGAUAAUCAUCAAUCGACCAACGCCGACACAAUCGCUUCUUCAUACACCUCGUUGGACCCCUCUCUGCGAGAACCCCAAGACCCUUAUGACGACCCUUAUGAUGAUCCAGAGUUCGAUCAAAUCUUUGAGAGCCUCACUGGACCCAAUUCUAUUGACAAGUCAGGAACGCCACCGCUUUUAGUCGACCGUGAUGAAUUUGCUCUGAAACAGUCAGACCAGGAUGCUUUGGCGGAGUUUCUGGAGGAAGAAACUUAG